ACUAUGAUUGCGAAUGGACAACAAGCAAGGAGGUGCCACCGUUCCCUGGCCAGUUUUCUUCUCCUGGCAGUGAUACUUUGCCAAGGAUCGGGGCUAGCCUGUGCUCAGCCCGAAGGACGCGUGGUGGGUGGUAAAGCGGCGGCGGCGAAUAGUGCUCCCUACAUAGUGUCCAUGCAGUACGGAGGAACCCAUUAUUGUGCUGCCAGUAUCCUGAACACCAAUUGGUUGGUAACUGCUGCUCACUGCCUGGCCAAUAGAAACCAGGUUCUGGGAAGCACCCUCGUCGCAGGAAGCAUUGCGGUGGCAGGCACGGCGAGCACCACACAAAAGCGCCCAAUCACCCACUUUGUGGUUAACGAUCUGUACACUGGAGGAACAGUUCCCUACGACAUUGGCCUGAUCUACACGCCCACCGCCUUUGCUUGGACCGCCGCGGUGGCUCCUGUCAAGCUGCCCUCUUCUGGAGUGAGGCCCACUGGAUCAGCUAAUCUCUUCGGAUGGGGCAGCACCAGCACGACCAACAGCCCCUCGUAUCCGAAGACCCUUCAGGAAGCCAAGAACGUUCCCAUUAUAAGCCUCAACUCCUGUGCGACUGCACUGGGCACCAAGGGCAGGGACGUUCACACCACGAAUCUGUGCACGGGUCCUCUCACCGGGGGCACCAGCUUUUGCACAUCGGACUCGGGAGGUCCUCUGGUCCAGGGAAAUGUCCUCAUCGGCAUCGUGUCCUGGGGAAAGCUGCCUUGCGGUCAGCCCAACUCGCCGUCCGUUUAUGUGCAGGUCUCCUCGUUCGUUUCCUGGAUAGCUGCCAACCAGAAGAUAUGAACUAUUGUGAAAUAUAUCUAAAAUAAAUAGCUGGUUAUUGAAAAGUAUAACAAAAAAAAGUUUU